AUGUCUCCGUACAAUACUUCGCCGUGGCCAGUCAAAGAUAUUAUCUAUACUGGUAUCGUUGGGUCGGUUCUACUGGCUGCUUUCCUUGAAUGGUUCCUCUGGCUUGCUGCAUUUUUGUACUGUUUAGUGAAGGUAUACCAGAAAGCCGAGCAUUGGUCAGUCAAGAUUCUAGCAGUAGUUGUGGCAAUUGUCUUCACUCUUCUAAGAUGCAUCUACCUACCGAUCAUGGUUGUCACUCUCCCAUUACCCAAUCACAUAACUCAAUACUUUCCACUUUCCAUGGUCACCUUCCUUCAAUGGUUUGGAUUCUGGUCUUUCGCCGCUCUGUUAACGAUCCCUUGGCUCUUCUGCGUUUAUCAAAUUGUUACGCACUCCAUUGGACGAACAAAACGCAUGAAGCAGGUCCUAGAUGAGCAUUCGGCUCCGAAAGUUGUUAUCGUCAUGCCAUGCUACAUGGAGGAUCCAGAUGUCUUGUUGACCGCGGUUGGCUCUGUUGUUGAUUGUGACUACCCGACAACAUGCAUCCAUGUCUUUCUCUCGUUCGAUGGUGAUCAGGAGGAUGAAUUAUACCUCAACACAAUUGAGAAGCUAGGCGUCCCGCUUUGUCUCGAUUCAUACCCGAAGAGUAUUGACGUAAAGUACCGCGGGGCACGAAUUACAGUAUCUCGCUUUCCUCAUGGAGGAAAAAGACACUGCCAGAAAGCUACCUACAGACUUAUCGACAAAAUCUACACGGCGUAUUUGAAGCGAAACGAUAACCUUUUCAUCCUUUUCAUAGAUUCGGAUUGUAUAUUGGACCGUGUGUGCCUUCAGAACUUCGUAUAUGACAUGGAGUUGAGCCCUGGAAACUCGAGAGAUAUGCUGGCAAUGACUGGCGUUAUCACUUCAACGACCAAGAAACACAGUUUUAUUACUCUCCUCCAGGACAUGGAAUACAUUCACGGCCAGCUAUUCGAAAGAACUGUUGAAUCUGGCUGUGGAGCCGUUACUUGCUUACCAGGAGCCCUCACUAUGUUGAGAUUUUCGGCUUUCCGCAGAAUGGCCAAAUACUACUUCGCUGAUAAAGCCGAACAGUGUGAGGACAUGUUUGAUUAUGGAAAGUCUCAUUUGGGAGAGGAUCGAUGGCUGACCCAUCUGUUUAUGAUUGGAGCCAAGAAACGGUACCAAAUCCAAAUGUGCACGACGGCUUUCUGCAAAACGGAAGCAGUCCAAACAUAUCGAUCUCUAAUCAAGCAACGCAGAAGAUGGUUCUUGGGCUUCAUUACAAAUGAAGUCUGCAUGCUGACAGACAUGAGGAUUUGGAAGCGGUACCCAAUAUUGGCUGUGGUUAGGUUCAUGCAAAAUACCAUUAGAACUACAGCCUUGCUGUUCUUCAUUAUGGUCAUCUCCAUCUUGAGCACUUCCAAGAACAUCAAAGAUCUACCGGUUGGAUUUAUUGCUAUUUCCCUUGGUCUGAACUGGGUUAUGAUGAUCUACUUCGGUGCAAAGCUGAAGCGCUUCAAGAUUUGGGCCUAUCCUCUAAUGUUCGUCUGUAAUCCUUUCUUCAACUGGUACUACAUGGUCUAUGGUAUCUUCACAGCCGGCCAAAGGACUUGGGGAGGACCUCGUGCAGAUGCGGGCACAGCAGAUUCCACAACGACUCCCCAACAGGCUAUCGAAAAAGCUGUUGCGACUGGCGACGAUCUCAACGUGGUACCGGAGACUUUCAAGCCUGCCGCAGAAGCUCAGAAGAACCAGCUUGCUAAAGUCACUCUUCAGCCACCUGACCGGCUUGAAGGACGUUUUACGGCGGCUGAGAAACUUCCGGGUGGAUGUAUCAUGGGCGAAGAGGAUCGAAAGAAAUACGAAAUGGCGCAAGCAAGCCAGCGUGCAGCAGGGGGUGCAUAUAUGCCGGGUCCACCAAUAGGCCAAUUUUACGAGGUCGACGAUGCAGAGCUGCGCAAAGGAGGUUGGAAGGAUUCAGCGGAAUACCUGGGACAAACUAAAGAUCGAUCCGAGUAUCAACGAGCUGACAACUCUGGCUCACGCGUUGGAUCUCCUGACGCUGGGCCGUACGUGGAUGGUCCUUUAGCAAUGCCUCGACCAGCGUCAACUGUACAGAUUCAACGAAGCGGGCGAAGUCCAUUGGGUAGAGCCAGCUUGAUUAGGACUGCAUCUGCUGAGUAUAAAGAUAUUGAGCUUGAGGAUCAGCGAUGA